AUGGCAAAGGUGCCAGGAGGACUGUGGAAACAUCUCGUUGCAGUGCAGGUCUUUGGUGCGAAUACGGGGGUUGGCAAGACGGUGUUUUCUACCCUGCUGGGAAGGCAUUUGUGGAAAAGAGCAGGGAAGACGGCAUGGAAAGUGCAUUAUAUCAAGCCUGUGUCGACGGGACCAGCGGAUGAAGCUGAUGAUAGCUAUGUGCUCAAGUAUACCGGCCAGCGAGUGACGACCCUUUUCAAAUUUAAGGAAGCUGUCAGCCCGCAUGUUGCUGCGAGGGGUGCAGCGUAUAUUCCUAGCGAUGAAGAACUUGGCCGAAUAGUCUUUAAGACUCUCCAGCAAGAAGCCAGCGCAAUACGUCUGGAUUCAGCGACGAGAGGUUUUUCUAUUGUCGAAACAGCAGGUGGUGUACUCAGCCCAGGACCAUCUGGCACACCCCAGGCCGACAUCUUCCGGCCUCUACGUCUCCCUGCGGUGCUGGUGGCUGACCAUCGAUUGGGAGGGAUUGCAUCGACUAUAUCAGCGGCCGAGUCCUUGAAGAUGCGUGGCUAUGAUAUCGAUGCAGUGGUUUGUUUUGACGAUGAGAGCAAGUACCAAAACGCCGAAUACUUGACAAAGUACUUUGGCAACUUGGGCAUCGCGGCCUUUACAUUGCCAUGGAUUCCUGUCAUGACGGGCAUCGGAGCAGGAACUGCAAAAGAAAUCGAGACGAUGAGCAGCUAUUACGACUCGCGGAGUAAGGAGGAGGGUAUCCAUAGCCUUUCAACCCAUCUCAUCAAUCGCCAUGUAGCCCGACGGGAGCAAAUAGAUACCAUGGCGGAGCGAACACACAAGGCCAUAUGGCACCCUUUUACACAGCACAAGCAUGUGGGGAAUGGAGAGGAUAUUCUUGUCUUUGACUCGGCGUAUGGAGACUACUUCCAGGUCCGAAAUACUGGCAGCGCAAUAAAGGAAAACGACUCUCUGCUAUAUCCUGCCUUUGAUGGCUCUGCAUCAUGGUGGACACAGGGUCUCGGCCAUGGAAACCCACGCUUAGCCUUGGAGGCAGCAUAUGCCGCAGGACGAUAUGGCCACGUCAUGUUUGCCGGCGCGACACAUGAACCUGCUCUCAAGCUGGCGGAGAAAAUGCUCAGAGACCUCGAGAACCCACGGCUAAAGAGAAUCUUCUAUACUGACAAUGGCAGCACAGCCACCGAAGUCGGUAUCAAGAUGGCGCUCAGGGCAGCCUGCAAGCACUAUGGCUGGAAUGGUGCAAAAGAGCCUGUGGGUGUCCUCGGUCUUAAGGGAAGUUAUCAUGGCGACACGAUUGGGGCCAUGGACGCGUCGGAGCCUUGUGUGUACAAUGAAAAGGUCGACUGGUAUCGUGGCCGUGGGUAUUGGUUCGACUAUCCAACCUAUAAACUAAAACAGGGGAGAUGGAUUGUCGAGCCUCCUGCUGGCAUGGAAUGCGACUUUGGUGCAUCGCAAGAGUUUAACACCCAAGACGAUAUUUUUGAUCUCUCUGGAAGAGGGCGCUCAGACCUAUACGAAGCUUACAUAAAAAAGACUCUUGAUCAACUAAUCAAAACCGAGGGCCGCAAGUUCGGCGGACUGGUCAUGGAACCAGUCAUUCUCGGAGCUGGCGGCAUGCUCUUUGUUGAUCCGCUGUUUCAGCAGAGUCUUGUACGCAUCGUACGUAGCUACAACUUUGCACCUGAUGCUCCACUAUCGGCACCAUCAUCAAGAGACACGAACGCCUGGACAGGUCUCCCCGUUGUUUUUGACGAAGUCUUCACAGGUCUCUACCGCCUCGGUCGCUUUUCCUCGUCCUCAUUCCUCCAGGUCCAUCCAGACAUUAGUGCACAUGCCAAACUGCUAACUGGCGGUCUGCUGCCUCUCUCCAUCACUACCGCUAGCGAUUCUAUCUUCCAGGCAUUCUGGGAUGAUGCAAAGUCUGAAGCUUUGCUCCAUGGGCACAGCUACACUGCACAUGCAGUAGGGUGUCACGUAGCCAAUACCAGCCUCGAGACAAUGCAGCACCAGGAGCAAAGUGACCAGUGGAGCUCAUUCGAGAGACAGUGGAAGACCGAUCGUGAACAGGGUGCAAGGGUACUGUGGAGCAUGUGGUCGAGAGACUUUGUACAUCAUCUCUCACACAACGAGCAAGUCGAACAUGUUAAUGCGCUGGGGUCGGUGCUUGCAGUCUCUCUCGUCGAUAAAUCUGGUUCUGGAUAUACAUCUUCAGUAGCCGUGGGACUGCGAGACGCCUUGCUUCAUCACUCCUCGGUCUCGAAUGUCCAGAUUCAUUCGAGGAUAUUGGGGAAUGUGAUUUAUCUGAUGGCAAGUAUGACAGUCAGGAGGCGGGAUCUUGAGAGUGUGGAGGCGGCGUUCAAGGAGAAGUUGGAGGCGAUGGGAAGGGCGUGA